AUGGUCAAAAUGUUAAUAGAGAGUAAAGAAACGCCAGAAAAAUUAGAGCAAAAAAAUGAUGCUGAGCUUGCAAGUACAAAUGCUAUAUUGUCAAUUACGGAAAAAGUCACGACAGUUAUGACGAGUGCUCGACCAAAAAUGCUGGAAAAAAUAGUACAAAGUACGGAAAUAAAUUCUCCACCUGGAAUUAUUUUAACAACAAAAACUGCUGAAGUACCUGGUCAUAAAGUCAAUAACGAGGACGAAUGCGAGGUGUAUGUUGAGAUAUUUCGCCUAAUUGCGCAGUAUACGCAAAACCAUCUCUGUGCUACUCAACCUUCCCCAUCUGUCGAGAUCGAUCAGUAACAAGAACGAACGCAAAAACAUCAAAUUUAAGUUUACAACUUUUCAACUCAUUGAAUUCUAACGACCAAGCGGAUCUGUUGGACGACGAAAAUGAAGGAAGUGACGAAAUGUUAACAGUUCCAGGUAAAAUUCGAAAAAGACGAACUGGCAUAACUCGUCGUUCUUCUCGAAAUCAAGAAAAGAGUAGUAAAAUUAUAAACCAGAGAUACGGCGAGCCAAUGUCAGCUCGAAAGGAUUUAUUGAAUCAAAAGCUGCGUCAAAUAUGCCGUGAAGAUUGUGAGAUUCUCGAGAAUGAACUAUGUAGAAAAGAAUAUGCAAUUGCUAAACGACACCCUCUGCUUCAGCAGUUGCGCCUACCCGAGUGUUCUGAUUUACCACUCCAGGGAACUAAAGAAGCAAGUGAUUGCUUAUCACUUGACGUACCAAGUAUCCAAAACGCCGAAGAAGAUGUUAAUUGUUACUGGGGCAACGGUAUGACUUACAACGGAACCGUCAAUUACAGUAUAUUUAACCGACCAUGCUUGAAGUGGAUCCACCAGUUCAAUCUCCAGAUCUCAGACUACCCCGAGUUACGCGGCCGGCACUCAUACUGCCGCAAUCCAGGCGGAAAAGAAGCACAGCCUUGGUGCUACGUCGACGUAAAUAACAAAAUGCAAAAAGAGCCCUGCAGAAUAAUGAAAUGCGUGGAUAAAAUUUGGAUUUAUGUGACAAUAAUUUGCGUUCUAUUAGCCGGAUUUAUCUUUACACUAGCUUGCUACUGCUGCUGCUAUCGGAACAGAAAAUUCCGUCGACGUCCGUCGAAUACUUUACCGUGCGGUAAAAUGCUAACUGGAGUCCAGUGUGAUAAAAAUAUCUAUGACGGUAGAAGAAAUACCACCCAGCCAAUUGAAAUGACAUCUCUGCUAACAACUGGAGGCGCCACUGGUACUUUAAACAGCGUAUCAAGCAGCAGAUCUUCUGCUACACGAUGUGUACCUCAGUAUUCAUUAGAAAAUGUGGCUCUGCUCCAAGAAUUGGGCGAAGGAGCAUUCGGAAAAGUCUACAAAGGAGAAUUGGUUCCAGUUCCUGGAACAAAACUCCAAGAGCCAGUUUAUGUUGCUGUUAAGACUUUAAAAGAAAAUGCAACGCCAAAAACUCAAAGUGACUUUAAACGUGAAGUUGAUUUAAUGACUGAUUUACGGCAUCCUAAUAUUAUUUGUCUUCUGGGUGUUAUUUUAAAAGGCGAGCCUAUGUGCAUGCUGUUUGAGUAUAUGACUCAAGGAGAUCUUCAUGAAUUUUUGAUUCAUCACUCACCGCGAUCCGACGCUCCAACACUUGAAAUGGGAAAAAUUCUUGAACAGCCGGAAUUCCUUCACAUUGCUUUACAAAUUGCCUCGGGUAUGGAAUACCUAGCGAGCCAUCAUUACGUUCACCGUGAUCUUGCGGCAAGAAAUUGUCUGGUUGGUGAAAAUUUAACUGUUAAAAUAUCAGACUUUGGAUUAUCACGGGAUAUUUAUAGCAGUGAUUAUUACAGAGUACAAUCUAAAAGUCUAUUACCAGUUAGGUGGAUGCCACCAGAAUCAAUUCUCUAUGGUAAAUUUACUACCGAGUCAGAUGUCUGGAGUUUUGGGGUGGUCCUAUGGGAAAUUUACAGUUACGGUCUUCAACCUUACUACGGCUAUAAUAACCAAGAGGUUAUUGAUAUGAUUCGUUCGCGACAGUUAUUACCUUGCCCGGAGGAUUGUCCUACUAUGAUUUAUAGUUUGAUGAUUGAGUGUUGGCACGAGGUUGCUAAUCGUCGGCCGCAAUUCCCUGAGAUACAUCAUCGAUUGCACAAUUGGUAUGUCAAUCAGACUUAUCUUACCAACCAACAGAAGAUCAAUAGUGGUAAUAGUAGCAAAGUCAGUUCUCCCGCGCUAUUUAAUCACGAUUCACUUGCUCGUAAAGAUAAUUCAAGGAGCUGUGCUGAUAUGGUGGUAUCUAUGAGAAAGGCAGACAGUCAGGGUAGUGUUAGUAAUUUCAAUUCAACUGUGAAUGGUGAUGAUAAACCUUGCUAUUCACCGAAACUUAGUGGAGCUAAAAGAGUUUUACCUAAUAGUCCGCCGCUUCAAGGCAGAAACUCACCAGUUGCCAAGACUACACAAAAUGGAGCACAAAUGGUCGUUAGAUUGGCAGAUCCAAGCAAAGUUUCUACUGAAACGCGAAUUACUAAGUGA